AUGCGGGAUGGGUGUCGUCGUUGUAUCGGGGAUGGACGGAAUACGGUUAUUGGUAGUGAUGCUUGGUUACCAGAUGACGAUAAUCCGUAUGUUCAGUCAGUGCUGCAUGAGUCUAUCUUCUAUGCCCCGGUUGCGUCGCUCAUGGAUACUCACGGCGUAAACCUUCUGAUGGUUGGGUUUGGCAUUGGGUUCACAAAGGUGUGUAUACGGUUAAGUCUUGUUACCGCCGUCUUUCACGUCAAAUUGUGGAUAAUCGCCCUUGGAAUAGGCUAUGGGCGUUGCAUGUACCUCCCAAGGGCUACGGAGGAGAAUGCGAUGCAUUUGUUUGUUGCCUGUGGAGAAGCGAGAAAGUUUUGGUCAAGAUUGGGGGUGAUUGUAGGUGCUACUCAAAGUUCUAAUAUUUCCAGCUGGUUUUUUGAGUGUUUACGGUGCUUGAGUGAUGAGAAACUUGAUAGACUGGUAAUGUCUUGCUGGGGGUUGUGGAAUAGUAGGAAUGAAUGUAUUUGGAAUGGGAUCCCUUUUGACCUUGAGUUGGUUGUUAAUCGUGCAGCAUCAUUCUUGGCUAACUGGAGAAGUGCGAAUGAGCAACCUCAAGUGGAAACUCAUGGGGAGAGUAGACGGCAGCAUGACGCGAAAUGGAAUAAACCCAUGCGUGGCAGAAUAAAGUUGAACACGGACGCGAGCCUAAGUCAUAGUAGUAAUGUGAUUGGGCUGGGUUGGGUGUUGAGAGAUGAGGACGUUUUUGGUUUGAUUGUGGAUGAUAUUAAAGAUUUGGCAUCCUUGAUAAAUGAUCUCGAAUUUGCGUUUGUGAAGCGGUCUGCGAAUUGUGCCGCCCACACUGUUGCUAGGGAGGCAUUUUUUGAGUCAGGUUGCGGGGAGUGUUUUGGUUUUAUUAUUGACGAUGUGAAAGAGGUAGCAUUCACGAUUAGUGAUGUUGACUUAUAUUUUGCUAAGCGAUCUGCGAAUCGGGUUGCCUAUGCUGUUGCUAGGGAGGCCGUUUUUGAGUCAGGUUGCGGGGAAUGGUUUGAUUGUCCACCCCCUUUUCUGGUUGAUUGUCUUUCGGCUGAUUUAAUGAAUUAA